CUUCACAUGCUUUUGUGUAUCUAUUUAUCAUUCUCUCUCAUCACUACUCUCUUUCUCACUACCCAAACACCCAAGAAAGAUCACAUACCCAUCUCCUCUCUAUCAAUCCAUCACUCCAAUUCUCUUCCUCACCUGACCUCAAUUUCUCUAUAUAAAUCCCCAAUUCACAGUUUCUUGUCUCUCUCUCCAUAGAUCUUUUUUCUCUCUCAGAAAACAAGCUGAGAAGAGAAUAAGAACAUGGCUCUGUCCUCCAAUUCACUCCUCACCAACAACAAAACCCAUCUCCUCUCACCUCCUUCCUCACUACCCACCACCCCUUCACUCUCUCAUCUCCUCCCCAUCUCCAAGCCCCGACCCAUCUCCGCCGUCCACUCCGCCAAAAAACCCCCCAAGUCCUCCUCCACAACCACCCAAUUCCCCCCCAAAUGGACUCUCGAUAGUUGGACUUCCAAACAAGCCUCUCAGCUUCCCGAAUACCCGGACAAAGUAGAGCUCGAUUCGGUCCUCAAAACCCUCGAAUCGUUCCCUCCGAUCGUCUUUGCCGGCGAGGCUCGGAGCCUUGAAGAUCGGCUCGGCCAGGCCGCUCUCGGGAACGCUUUUCUCUUGCAGGGAGGUGAUUGUGCCGAGAGUUUCAAGGAAUUCAAUGCCAACAACAUUAGGGAUACGUUUCGGGUGCUUCUGCAGAUGGGUGUAGUUCUUACGUUCGGUGGUCAGAUGCCUGUCAUCAAGGUUGGAAGAAUGGCUGGUCAAUUUGCGAAGCCAAGGUCAGAUCCGUUUGAAGAGAAGGAUGGAGUGAAGCUGCCUAGUUAUCGGGGUGACAACGUGAAUGGAGAUACAUUUGAUGAGAAAUCAAGGAUUCCAGACCCUAAUAGGAUGAUCAGAGCUUACACACAAUCUGUGGCAACAUUGAACCUCCUUAGGGCUUUUGCUACAGGAGGGUAUGCUGCCAUGCAAAGGGUUAACCAAUGGAAUCUUGAUUUCAGUGAGCACAGUGAGCAAGGGGAUAGGUACCGUGAAUUGGCUCAUAGGGUUGAUGAAGCCUUAGGGUUCAUGGCUGCUGCUGGCCUCACGGUUGGCCACCCAGUUAUGACAACAACGGAGUUUUGGACAUCUCAUGAGUGUCUUCUUCUGCCAUACGAGCAGGCACUUACUAGGGAGGAUUCAACUACUGGCCUUUAUUACGAUUGCUCUGCUCACAUGAUUUGGGUUGGAGAGCGCACACGGCAACUUGAUGGUGCACAUGUUGAGUUCCUACGAGGAGUUUCCAACCCACUUGGCAUCAAGGUGAGUGAUAAGAUGGAUCCAAAUGAGUUAGUUAGGCUCAUAGACAUACUGAAUCCUCAUAACAAGCCUGGAAGAAUAACAAUAAUCACAAGAAUGGGAGCUGAGAACAUGAGAGUAAAGCUUCCCCAUUUGAUUAGGGCCGUUCGCAGAUCAGGCCAAAUUGUCACAUGGGUUAGUGAUCCCAUGCAUGGAAAUACUAUAAAAGCUCCUUGUGGCCUCAAAACUCGUUCCUUCGAUGCAAUCAGGGCUGAGGUAAGGGCAUUCUUUGAUGUGCACGAUCAAGAAGGAAGCUACCCAGGAGGGGUGCAUCUGGAGAUGACGGGGCAGAAUGUGACUGAAUGUGUUGGAGGUUCGCGAACCAUUACUUACAAUGAUCUGACCUCACGCUAUCACACCCACUGUGACCCAAGGCUCAACUCUUCUCAAUCUCUAGAGCUUGCCUUCAUUAUUGCGGAGAGGCUUCGAAAGAAGGCUCGGACCGCAACUCUCUUUCAGGCUUUAAGGAAGCUAUGGUUUGUCACCCUUGUCUAAAAUUUUAGCACUUGGUUAUAAACCUUGUUUGUUUAUCUAUCUAUAAGUUAUAACUAGUGUUAUGUGUUUUGUGUUAGUCUAUGAGUUCAUAAUUUAUAUAUCUUUUGUUUUCUGGACUAGGCCUGUUUUCGCUUUAGAGAAAUUUCUCAUAUGGAAGGUCAUAGAUGUUUUCCUAUAAAGGGAUGCUACCUACACGUUUCGAGUUUCAUUGUAAAUUUUUGUUUUGGGUGUUAAAUUAAUUUUCCUAUCAAAAAAAAUAAUAUUCAACAUA